UGAGUGAAUCAAAAUUCAACCAAAAUAAUGGUAGUGAAAUCGCUUCAGUAGAAUCAAAACAACUUUCGGGAUUUUUGGUAGUGCAAACGAGAAGCGAAGCAAAAAAGCUGAAAUUAUGUAAAUUUACGUUUAGUGGCUCUAGGAAAAAAGAAAAAAAAGGAAGAAGCGGAAAAAUUAAAAGGUAGAACAAAAUUACAAUUAACUCGAUUUGUGCUUUGUGUUUGUUCUUUACUGUACGUAGAGAGUGAGAUGUUUCGGAAUUAUAGCCGUAAUGAACGAUCUUCUCUGCGUUAGAUGUCUAAUCACUGGGAAAUUUCGAAAAUUGAUGUGAAAUUUUUCGUGUUUGUGUGUGUGUUCGUGGAUUAGCAGCCAGCCAAGGAAGGAAAGAAGGGGAGAGAAGAAAUCAAAAUACACGUAAAGGAUUUUAAAACACUUCGCGUUUAAGGAAGUGCUUAAGACAGACACACAAAUUCAUCGACAUCUGUUAUUGAGACCCACCAACUGUCGCAUGCAGCUGAGCUAGACUUAACGACCAGAUGAAAGAAAAAUUCGAAAUCAUGACCGAUCAGGAGCACUAUAGCCUUCGGUGGAACAACCACCAGAACCACAUUCUACGGGCAUUCGAUACCCUGCUGCAGACCAAAACCCUCGUCGAUGUCACGCUGGUCUGUGCCGAGACGAGCAUCCGAGCGCAUAAGGUCGUCCUGUCGGCCUGUUCGCCCUUCUUCCAGCGAGUGUUCUCCGAAACUCCCUGCAAACAUCCUGUGAUAGUGCUGAAAGACUUCCGCGGAUGGGUUGUGCAAGCGAUCGUAGACUUUAUGUACCGUGGCGAGAUCAGCGUUCCUCAAGAACGACUCUCAGUACUGAUACAGGCCGGAGAAUCGCUACAGGUUCGGGGGUUGGUUGACCAUCCAGUAGCAGGUAACACCCCAACCCCAGCGCAAUCUCCCGAAGACUUCAGUCUGCUGGACUCUUCGCUAAUAUCGCCAACAUCACCGUCACUUCCGUCGCCAAACUUCACCCACCACCACCACCAUGCCCGCCACCCGCAUCAGAACUCCACGGCAACAAGCAUGUUGAGUGCCAGUACUCCAAAGUUACUGCUGCCACCACAGGUGUUCGCCGAUCCUUCUCUGAACCUGCCCAACCCAGAUCUCUGCACUUCACCCAUGCCACGACGAAAGCAGGCCCGUCCAAGGCGACGAUCAGGUGAUUGUGCCCCUCAGGACCUAAGUAGUAAACCCACCAGUCCCGUUCCCCCCAGCAUGGAUGAAAAGGAAGAUGAAGACAACGAAAUCGAUCGUGACGACGACGAAGAACUAGAAGAUGAAGAUGACGAUAUCAAGGAAAUCAUUCGAAGAAGCGAAAGCGAAGACAAAAAGGAUUCGAGUCCGCAGAAAACACCAAGUAAAAGCGAUGACAACGAAAAGGACAGCAAAAAUAAUUCAACCGCGUCGACAGCUUCCCUCUCCGUAAUGGAUGGACCCGAGAACCUCUGCAUGAAGAAAUCCUCCGUUUCAAAUAACAGUUCAAACAACUCCAGCAAUUCGAACAAAGACAGCAACUCUCGGUUAUCAGACCCAUCCAGCAUCAAGGACAGCUCUCCGGAAACGACGAUCGGUCGACUUUCGCUGAAGGACAUCCGUCAUCUGAAUAGAUCCUCCCUGGCCCGAUCCAUGAGUUCGCUAUCGCCUCCGCCUUCGUUUCACCUGAACAACAACCCUCCCUCCAGCCUGUCCCACCCGGAUAAACGGGUCAAACUGGAAGAUCGCGACGAUGACCGACUUGGCGACGACGAUGGGCCUCAUUUUUUAGACCACAUGGACCUGGCCUUAGCCUCGCAUCAGCACCCGCUAGCGCAUCUUUCGCAUCACAACUCCUCGCCGCAGCUACGGCCCCCGGGACUAACGCCGGAUGGUGAAAACAACAACAGCAGUAGCAGUAAGAACAACAACGGGAAUGCUGGACCGGGAAAUGGACCCAGCAGCAGGGACGGGAACAACGGAUCCGGUCCGAUGGGAGUGGGGAUGGGCGGUGGAGCGGGCGGCAAGGAUGGACGACUGGGUCCGAAGGAUUUUCUGCACAGUCCAACGUUAAAUUUUCCGCCGUUCUUCAACCAGUCGGAUGGACCGCCACGGCCGCCACACUCGCCCCUGUCGUUCCCGCACAUGCCGUCGGUUUCGUCGCUGACGCUAACGCCACCGCAUAUGUUCGGUCUGGACUCCCCACUCGGUCUGUUCCCUCCGGGCAUGGAGCCGGGCAAAAUGUACAGCCCACUGAUGGAAAUGUCCGACCCCCGUGUGAUGCACGACCAACCAUACCUGAAAAAGAAACUAAACCGACCCAAGGGGCAGCACUCAGCGCCCCGUGGUGGCCCACCCCGGUCAUGGACGAACGCCGAGCUGACGGAAGCCCUGCAGCACGUGUGGAACAAGAAGAUGACCACCAGCCAAGCGUCGCGGAUAUUCGGCAUCCCGUACAACUCGCUCCUCAUGUACGUCCGGGGCAAGUACGGCAAAAGCCUCAAGCUGGAACAGCUCCGCAAGGACUGCAUCAGUGGGCCGCCGAUCGAACUGCUCCAGAUGGGCAUGAACAACAACAACAAGGACAAGAAGGACGGCCAGGACAAGGACAUGCCUCAUCACCAUCCGGGUGGCAAUCCCAAUGGGAGUGGUAACGGUGGUGGUGCUGGUGGUGGUUCGGAUCAACGAGGAGGUCCCCGGUCGGCUUCCUCGGAACCAGAGCUCCUCUCGAGUCCAAACACGCUUUUUAAUCCCUUUCCUCCUGGAUUCUAUCCGGACUUUCCCGGUGGUUUCCCAGGGCUUCCGCUGAGUAUGCUUAAUCUCCUCCCUCCGGACCGGCAUCAUCCGGGUGCGCACCAGUUGGCGAUGAGCAUCGACGAGGACUGCAAAAGCGACCGAUCGAAGCAAUCGAUGGACGAUGACUUCCCGCAACCGUUGGCGCUAAAUCGAUCCGGGCUGAGUGGAGGCGGCGGGGGAGGAAGCGGAGUGACGGAUCGAGGCGAUGGACCCCAGUCGGACAGUCGACGGGAAAUCUACCAGCAAAAUGGACAGGAUUAAUAUUUGUACUUUCUUGACCGACUCAAGGCAAUGCCGCGGUAUCCCAAGUGGGUGGGUUGAGAAAGAGU